AUGGCGGACAGCGGCGUCUGGCGGCCGCCGCGCCCCUGCGAGGCCUACCGAGCCGAGUGGAAGCUCUGCCGCAGCGCCAGACACUUCCUGUACCACUACUACGUCCACGGUGAACGGCCGGCCUGCGAGCAGUGGCGGCGCGACCUGGCCAGCUGCCGGGAGUGGGAGGAGCGCCGAAGCGCGGAGGCCCAGCGGUCCCUCUGUGAGAGCGAGCGUGCAAGAGUCCAGGCGACACAGAAGCACGCCCUGGUGUGGGCCCUAAGGCAGAACCCUCCUGCAGACUGGCACCUCCCUCUGCCACAGGAUGAGAAAGACCAGUGAUGAGCACUCCUGAACGGCUUCCUCUGAUCUGUUUCAAAUGGGGCUGUUGCAAGACCCUGAGGACAGUGACGGACCCAAACAGUCUAGUGGGUCCCUGAAGCUUCCACUCGGCUUAGAACACAGAGCCUGAGGUCUCCAGCCCUACUUGCCCACGGCAACCCUGCUGCUGCCUUGCUCUGACAGACAGUUUCACCCACUGCACAGCUUCCAGGAUGCCAAACACCAUUGCAGAUCCUGGUGAGCAGCCAGGUUAGGCUGGUUCAUGCUCCCCGCUGGGGACAACAGCAUUCUCAGGUAAACUCUUGAGUGGUAGCCCUGAUCCAAGUGGACACGUAGGGCGGUCAGAAUGAGGUAACUAAAUGGUUGUGCUGUGGUGAACACCUGUCCUGGUCCUGGUUUGGUGACACUGUGCAUUGCCAGCCCCUGGUGCUUACAUGGAGCUAUUAGCCCACUCACUAAGUUCCUCUGUGGACACAGACAGGGUGUUGCUCCUCGUAGGAGAUAGGCCCUCUUGAAGACUCUGGCUUUUAAGAAACGCACACAGCUAGACCCU